AUGUCGGAAUCAGACAAUGAAAACAAUUUUGGACAAUUUACUCUUCCAGAAACAGAAUCUGUUAUUUUUACUAAAAAGGCCAAACCAACAAUUAAUUCAACUACGAUUGAUACAUCAAUAACAGAAACAACAACAAUUCUUACAACAUCGACUGAUUCUUAUCCAACAACAAUGAACGAAUGGUAUCCAACAUUAUCUCUUCCAAAACGUUAUGAAUUCACGCAAAGUGAUUUUCAGUCUAUGGUUACUGUUGAUGUUAAUGAAGACAAUCAUGCAGAUAUUGUUAUUGGAGACAAGAACAAACCUCGUAUAAUAAUCUUUUUAAAUUCAGCUAAUAAUCAGUUUAGUAAUGGAAUUAUUCAUCCAACUGAUGUUGGAAUAGGUUAUUUAUUCAAAGCUGAUAUGAAUAAUGAUAAUAAAAUUGAUUUUAUCGGUUUUCAAGGAGGAUCUAGCACUUUGAUGAUUAUUAUUUAUAAUACUGGCAAUGGAACAUUGAAUCGUACAAAAAUUCUGAAAAUGAAUGCAAAAAUGAAAUAUAUUGAUGUUGCUGAUAUUAAUCAAGAUAAUUAUACAGAUAUUCUAAUCGUGUAUACUAAUAAACCACAUGUAUAUAUUUUAUUUAACAUGGGAAAUGAAAAUUUUAGUAAUGGAACAAAAUAUGAAACGAAUUAUAUAGUAGAUCAUUUUAAAAUACUUAAUAUUAAUGAUAAUCAAAGGUUUAAUUUGAUUGUUGCUCAUGAAAAACAAAACUUAAGUAUUUUAUUUGGUGAUCAUAAUAAAAGUUUCAUCGAUGAAGUUAAUUAUCCACCUGAAUCUUUGGUACAUACUAUUUUAUUAAAUGAUAUCGAUAAUGAUAAUAAUACGGAUAUUAUUAUUGGUAAUCGCGAUCGUGAUUUUAAUUUUCAAAUUUUAUUUAAGGAAAAUAGUGACACAUUUUAUC